AUGAAUACCAAGUCUCUUUUAUUUUUAGCUGCAAUUGCUGCUUCAGCUAAUGCCUACACAAUUUCUCCUGCACAAGCUAAACAGUUAGAUAUUAUUUUCAAAGAUGUUACCGCCAAUUUAAACAGUUACAUUGCUUUGGUAUCAGAUCCAAAAUCUGGUAUUACAUUAGAUAACUUGCCUGCAGGUUUGAUGGAUAUUGGUGCUAAUUUAGCUGGUAAUCCAAAUUAUGUACCAAAUUAUUCAGAAGUUGAUAUUAAUGCCGUCUCAACAUUUAUUACUAAGCUUCCAUGGUUCCUUAAUAAAAUUGAACCACAAUUAGAGGCUGCUGGUGUUCCAAUGGUUCCAGUUACUUCUUCUUCUUCUUUUUCCUCUGCUAGUUCCAUUCAUGCAUCUAGCCCAUUGACUUCGGUCACUAGUACUUCUUCUUCUUCUUCCUCCGCUAGUUCUACCUACACAUCUAGUACAUUAAGUUCAGUUGCAGAUGUCUCUUCUUCUUCUUCUUUCUCUGUCAGUACUGCUUAUACAUCUAGUACAUUAAGUCCAGUCGUUGAUGUCUCUUCUUCUUCUUCUUCUUUCUCUGUCAGUCCUGCUUAUACAUCUAGUACAUUAAGUUCAGUUACCAGUGCUUUUUCUUCAUCAGUUGAUUCUUCCUCAGUUUUAUCUUCUUCCACUGGUAUUGUAAUUUCCUCUACUUCUACGAAUUCUUCUUCUGUUAUUUCAAGCUCUGUUAAACCAACAUCUAGCAUAAUUGCUUCAACUUUUGAAAAUACUAACGCUUCUACUUUAGCUACUUCUUCCAUAAUCUCUACUAACAGUUUCCCAGCUAAUUCUAGUAUUUUAUACCCAAUUACAAGUGCUGCUAAUGCAUCCGUUGAAACUGCCUUUGUAACAGCAACUAAUGUUUACUCUAACACUACCACUAUUACAAGCUGCCCACCUGAAAGUUCUGCCACCACUGAAGUCACCAAAGAAGAAACCUCUACUGUCACCUCUACUGUCUGUGAUGAAAUUUGUCAAUCUAGAAAGGCUGCUGCUACUUUAACAAGCACUGCUGGUUCAUUAAACAACGGUCACAGUUCCGAAGUCACUUCCACUCAAAAUAAUAAGCCAUCUACUCUUGCACAAGUUGUAAGCAGCCAACCAGUUUCUACUGAAUCUAGUGCUACUAUUCAACAACAAUCUGAAAACAGUGCUGCUACCAACUUUGUUAAGAUUGGUGCUGGUGUCUUAGCUGCUGCUGCUUUGUUGAUCUAA